CAAAUGUCUGCAUUACACAAUAAACGUUCUGUGAUUGAUACACAUUGUCAUUUGUGUGAAUCUAUUUUUGAUAAUGAUAUUGACAAUGUAAUCAGUCGUGCAAUAUCUUCAAAUGUUCAUGGUGCUAUUGUAUUAACCGAGAAUAGAAAUGAUUUUUCAAAAAUAUUUGAAUUAAAAAAGAGAUAUCCUGACUGGAUUAAUGUUUGCCUUGGGAUUCAUCCUGUUCAGAAACAAGAAGGAACUCACAAUGGACAACGUAGUGUGAACAUGAAAGAUUUAAAACAUACUCGUGAUAUGAUCCUUCAACAUAAAUCUGAAAUUUUUGGCAUUGGAGAGAUUGGAUUAGAUUUUACACCGACAAUAUGUUCAACUAGUGAAUUACAAGAUUUACAAAAAAGUAUAUUUACUAUACAAAUUCAAUUGGCUAAACAAUUGAAUUUACCAGUAAAUGUUCAUUCACGUUCUGCUGGAAAAGAAACCAUUGACAUAUUGAAAUCUGAAGGUGUUACAAAAGUUCAACUACAUGCUUUCGAUGGUCGACCAUCCAUUGCAAUGAUUGGCUUAAGUGAAGGUUAUUACUUUUCAAUACCAUCUAGUUUACCAAGAAGUAAACAGAAACAGGAAUUAGUCAAAGUUUUACCAUUGGAUCGUAUUCUAGUUGAAACUGAUGCACCAGUACUAAGUUCAUCUUCAAUACAGAGCCGUACUGAACCAGAUGAAGCUAUCAAAGUUUGUGAACAUAUUGCAAAACUAAAAGGAAUAGAUUUUGAAACAGUUUGUCAAAUAACAACUGAAAAUGCAUUUAAACUUUAUGGAUCACUGAAUGUGAAAUGUUGAAUUCAUGUGAACUGAAACUGAACAAAAU